AUGCCCUCGAUCAACCGUCCCAUCAACUAUUUCCAAGAGUCCGGUCAGUGCUACGAAGACGACGACACCGACUCCGACUGCUCCUGCUCCGACUGCGAGGCCGAAAACGACGAUUCUGAGGUUAUCCUUAGUGACUUCCCUACCCCUACCCCUAUCCCCGGUUUGUACUUUAGCUGUCCUUUGUGUGAGCACCGUAUGAUUUUCUGGGAUACUUAUUGGUUCUGCGCUGUUUGUCUGAUUGAAAGAGGAAACUGGGUUUGGGCUGAUGGCCAGGAACUUGCUGAUUAUUACAACAGAGGUCGUUAG